AUGACGAUGGUUGUUGCUGCUGAUAAAAGUGAUUAUUAUAUUCUGGGCGUUGUUGUGGUUGAUGUUGUUGUUGUGUCGCAUGUUGCGGAUUUUGUUGAAUCUGAUUAUGGUGAUGGGGCGCUAGUUGCUGUUGUGUUGGUUCUUGUUGAGGUGACUGGUGAGGUGCUUCUUGCUCUUGCUGCUGCUGCUGCUGCUGUUGUUGAGACGAUGGCUGUUCCAUCGUCUCAACAACAGCAGCAGCAGCAGCAGCAAGAGCAAGAAGCACCUCACCAGUCACCUCAACAAGAACCAACACAACAGCAACUAGCGCCCCAUCACCAUAAUCAGAUUCAACAAAAUCCGCAACAUGCGACACAACAACAACAUCAACCACAACAACGCCCAGAAUAUAAUAAUCACUUUUAUCAGCAGCAACAACCUAUCUACGUGGGCCAUCAGCAGCACCUACAGCCCCAGUACCAUCACCAAGUAACGCAGCAGCAACGUCAACCCGCCCUGCCGUUACAGAACGAGGAACAAUACGUGGGCCAUCAGCAGCACCUACAGCCCCAGUACCAUCACCAAGUAACGCAGCAGCAACGUCAACCCGCCCUGCCGUUACAGAACGAGGAACAAGCACAAAGGCAGCAACACACACAGCAGCAGCAUGCGCCAGAACAUACACCACGGCAACAACAGUACGUGGGCCAUCAGCAGCACCUACAGCCCCAGUACCAUCACCAAGUAACGCAGCAGCAACGUCAACCCGCCCUGCCGUUACAGAACGAGGAACAAGCACAAAGGCAGCAACACACACAGCAGCAGCAUGCGCCAGAACAUACACCACGGCAACAACAGUACGUGGGCCAUCAGCAGCACCUACAGCCCAGUACCAUCACCAAGUAA